UUUAUCUGGACUACAAUAAAUGGUUUCCGUAAGUGAGAAAACAGUGGCCAUUGAAAAUGACUCGCUUAUGCUGCUCACACUACCCUGCGUUGAGGCAGGAGGCAGCGAGGGGGCCAGUUCGGGCUUCUGCUCCAGCCCUGAGCCAGGCGACAGUGGAUUUGGUCAGGUUGAGGAAGAAGAGGAGGAGGACAUGCUCUUGAAUUUUGACUCCACAGUAAGCAUGGAGGAGGAAGCCAGAUUUCCAGAUUUUACGUUGCAGGUUUCGAAUACCUUUUCCCCAACUCUUGAGGACAUUGAGGAGUUCCUCAUGGAGAAGAUGGAGCUGGUCCAGGAGGGUCUUGUAAUUCCAGAUGAAAAGGCAGAGCAGGUAACUGCUAAAGACCCGCCAUCUCCUGCAAUUCAGAAAAGCAAUACAGAAAGCAAAGCUUCAACCGAAACUGUUAGCCAAAAUGCUAGCACCACGUCUAUUUCUGCUCCUGUGCUAGUCGGAGCUCCAGUGGUACUACAGAUUCAGCCUGUGCAGCUUAGCAAUCCUCUUCCACAGCCGACCCCCCAGGCCAACGGGGUGCGGUUGGCACACCUGGUGCUCGGCAUCCAGGGUGGGCAGAACGUUGCCCUGCUUUACCCACAGGUGCCCUCUGCGACUGCGCUGCCUAUCAUAGGUGAGGCAGGCUGCCAAGACCAAAAGUAUGUAAAGAUCGCUCCAUUGCCUAUCACACUGAGGACGAUUGGAUUAAUGGGAACCAGCUUGGUGAAAGUCAUUCCUCCACGCCCACAGAGGUCCUCCACAGAAAACCUACGGGUGCACAAGUGCUCCCAUCCAGGGUGUGAAAAGAUGUACACCAAGAGCAGCCACCUGAAGGCUCACUUCCGCAGACACACUGGCGAGAAGCCGUACCUGUGCAGCUGGCCGGAUUGUGGCUGGAGGUUUUCACGGUCGGACGAAUUAUCCCGCCAUCGUCGCUCUCACUCAGGAGUCAAACCCUACGAGUGCACAAUGUGCGACAAGAAGUUUGCCAGGAGUGACCACCUAUCCAAACACACCAAGGUGCACAGAAGCCCACGGGCAAGCAGACUAGCCAGAACCAGCAUCUGA